AUGACGCUUCGUUGGGACAAAGAGAACAAAGUCUUGCACCGCGGCGGCAAAGUCUUCAACUCCUCCCGUCUAGAAUGGUCAACCCCCAAGACGCCCAAGCUGGGCGGCUCAGAAGUCACCCCGCUCGAGGCCCUGCGGCACCUUGCAAAACACAAGACCCUGCGGAGAGUCCCCGUGGGCGUCAUCGGCGGCCGGACACCGACGAACAAGCAGCGGGAACUCGCCCGCCAGCUGGGCGCGGCCAUGGCCGACCACGGGAUGCAGCUCAUCUGCGGUGGCAAGGGCGGGGUGAUGGAAGCGGCCUGCGAGGGUCACGCUGCCCACGGCGGGCUGCCCGUGGGGAUACUGCCCGACGGAGAGUGGGAUGCCGCGAACCCCUUUUGUGCCAUCCCCAUCGCGACUGGCCUCGGCGUGGCGCGGAACGCUGUCAUCGCGAGGGCGAGUGUUGCUCUGAUUGCCGUGGGGGGCGGCAUGGGUACGCUUUCCGAGAUGGCGAUGGGUAUCCAGUUCAAGCGGCCCGUGUUGAGACUGGACGGGGCCCCGGAGGUUGAAGGCGCGGUCUCCGUCGGGACCAUAGAGGAGGCCUUGGAUCGCGUUGCUCGUCGCUUGCUCUCGCUCUGA